CAGAAUGUUUUGCGCUUAACUAGCGAAGAAAAAUAACAUUAAAAAAAAGCAAUUGACAGCUGAUUCACAGAUUUGUUGUUGUAUUUCCUUACCUUUGUUUUUAAUUUAAAAUUACAAAUAGAGAAAUGGUUGAUGAUUUAAGGAAAUAUUUAAACCAUUUGCUUGAAAAGGUGAACGGUCUUCAUUGUAUCUUAAUUACUGAUCGUGAUGGAGUUCCUGUAGUGAGAUCUGUUACAGAAAAGGCUCCUCAAUUAGCUUUGCGACCUAAUUUUAUAUCCACAUUCGGCAUGGCAACAGAUCAAGCAAGUAAACUUGGGCUUGGGAGAAAUAAAACUGUUAUAUCAAUGUAUUCAAGCUACCAGGUGAUACAAAUGAAUAAGCUGCCCUUAGUAAUAACAUUUAUUGGCAGUGAUAAUUGCAACACUGGUCACAUAUUGUCUUUGGAAAGUCAAAUAGAACCUUUUUUGAAGGAUCUAGGAACUAUUGUCGCAGAUGCUCCAUGAUUGUAAUUAUAUCUUUAAUUUAUUCCUACUUUUCUACAGUUAGUUAAUCACUUUUGUUAGGUCAAGUUUCAAUUUAAACUCUCUUAAAAUUUUGUAGAAUGCAUAAAGAAGAGCUCUGUUGGGUUAGAGGUGAUCAAUUUGUUUAAGUUUUUCAGUUUUAUACUAAAAAUUAUAUUCUUUUUUAUAAGUCAUAAAGAAGGCAGUUCAAAAAUACAAUAAUGUACAUGUAUUCUUUGAGAACAAUAACAUAUUUAAAUUUAUACUAAUAAUAGUAUCAGCUUUUAUUUGAAUAUUGCUUUAAUGUAAAUAAAAUAUAUA